AAACUUCCUAUCUGAUAUAAGCUUCAUCUUCAUUUUUUUCUACUGCUCAAACGAAUAACUACAAUAUGCCAGCCGUUAAUAGCUCUCCGGUUUCAGGCCAAACUGUCUGUGUCACCGGCGCCGGUGGUUUCAUUGCUUCUUGGAUUGUUAAGCUUCUCCUUGAAAAAGGGUACACUGUCAAAGGAACUGUCAGGAAUCCUGAUGACCCGAAGAAUGAUCAUUUGAGGGAGCUCGAAGGAGCAAAGGAAAGAUUGAUUUUAUGCAGGGCCGAUCUUCUCGACUAUGAAGGACUUAAAGAAGCCAUUAAAGGGUGUGAUGGUGUUUUCCAUACUGCUUCACCUGUCAGUACCUCAGACGUUCCAGAUAAUGUGGAGCCGGCUGUGGUUGGAACAAAGAACGUGAUUAUCGCAGCUGCCGAGGCUAAAGUCCGCCGUCUGGUGUUCACAUCCACGAUUGGUGCUGUCUACAUGAACCCCAAUCGAAGCCCUGAUGUCAUAGUCGAUGAUUCCUGCUGGAGCGAUCUUGACUACUGCAAAAACACAAACAAUUGGUAUUGCUAUGGAAAAACCGUGGCGGAGCAGGUGGCCUGGGAGGAGACAAAGAAGAGAGGGGUGGAUUUGGUGGUGGUGAAUCCAUCGCUGGUGCUUGGGCCGUUGUUGCAACCAACAAUCAAUGCUAGCAUAAUUCACAUUCUCAAGUAUUUAACUGGGUCUGCGAAGACUUAUGCUAAUUCCGUUCAGGCAUAUGUGCACGUUAAGGAUGUAGCACUUGCCCACAUUCUUGUUUACGAAACUCCGGCAGCCGCCGGCCGAUACCUCUGUGCCGAAAGCAUAUUUCAUCGCGGCGAAGUCGUGGAAAUUCUGGCCAAGUUCUUCCCUGAAUAUCCCGUCCCGACCAAGUGUUCAGAUGUGAAGAACCCAAGAGUGAAACCCUACAAGUUCUCAAACAAAAAGCUGAGGGAUUUAGGAUUGGAGUUUACACCGGCGAAGCAAUGUCUGUACGAUGCCGUUAAGAGCCUCCAAGAGAAGGGUCACCUUCCUAUCCCUUCAAGAGAUUAGAGAAAGGAUUCUGGAAUGGACCAUAAUCACUAUGAAAGACGUAGAAAAGGAUUCAAGAAUUCGUCAUCAUUAACAUAGAAAUAUUAAACUUAAUGGUUUAUACAUUUACACUUUCGUGUGAUAUUAAUGUCUAUUCAUGUAUUUGUGUUAGCCGUCAAGUUCUUAACGCAAGCACAAAGCCUAUAUUAAGACUAAAUGUGAUUUCGAAGCAUGCCAAAGUUCUUUUUUCUGAUUUGAAUUUGGGAAGAAGUUUAGUUCGAUUCAAGUA